GCAGCGUAUUUACCAGAGGUACUACUCGCGAUGAGGAAUAAUUGUUGCUGCAGACGGUAGCAGCUCUAGGAUCUUGACCUCAUACGGACCUCCUAAGCGGAUCAACACCAAGGUCCCUUCCACCAAGGACGAUCAAUUGACGGAGGGUUCAGACGGGCCAAGGUCUUAGCGGCAACAGUAUCGGGCAUCCUCUAUUUGCCAUGCCAUCGCACGUCAUGUACGAUAUCGGAUUGGACGACUGGUGGCUCCAUCAUGAAUCUUUCUAUGCUGUGGACACGGCUUGCCUUAGCAUGGCCUCUGCCAGCGGAGGUCACAGUGACGGUCCCACAAGCCAUACCAGCAGUGGGACGUCUGACUGGUUCUUGCCUAGCGGACCAGGCGACCUGCCAGAGCUUCAAUUGCCAGAAGACUUCAGUUCCGGCACGUUAAGUGCUGACGAACCUUCAGAGGAUUUUCCAGAUGGUAACUUUCAGCUUGAAGAGCCUUGGUUGGAUCCGCUCUCAACGUACACUCUGUCAGCGUCAGCCGGCGCCGAUGCAUGCUUUGCUGACACGACUGACACUGGAUUUGAUGCGUUACUGCAGGCUAGCUGCACGACCAACCCUGCAGACCUCCUGCUCGUUCCACCGGCCUAUAACGAAGAGGCAGCGACUUUUCAGCAUGCCGAGCUCUCAUUUGAGCAGCCCCCAUCGUUGUUCGAUCACAUCCACUCAGGCGUAUCUGGGGAUAUCACACAAUAUCUGCCGCCCAUGCCACCCUUGCCGCUCAGUUGGUACCCGACAAUGUCGGCUUUUGGUGAUGCCCAGGCGUUCCAUUCUGGAGCCGGUCUGGCACUCGUAUCAGAGAACCCCGAAUACCGUCCUGUCAACGCGAAGCUGUCCGAUCAUUCGGAGCUCAUUCGUGUGAAUGUCAGUGCAACGAAGCCUAUUGCGAGCCCAAGCGCCGCGGCUAACACCGCAUCGCGUCCGAAGAAACGACGCCGGGAGUCGGACGCUACGGAGACUGCUCAGAGCUUGCAGAUCUCGUCAAGCUUGGCAUUUCGAGCGGUUGCGGUGCCUUCUGCACAGUUUGCCAUCCUCAGCGGCGCACCUUGCAUCAAGUGCUGGAUGUCACGAAAGCAGUGUAGCGGAGGACGUCGCUGCUAUGCUUGCGUCAAGGCUAAACCGGAGAUCCCGGAGCACUUGUGCAUCAAAGCAAGGCUUACCGACUUGGCUGUCUUCAGUCGGUUUAAGGAGCCAGAUUACCGCGCGAGGUUGUUGCUGCACGUUCCGCACAGGUCGUUGACCAUUAAGAAAGCACGAGUGCAGCACUUUCGUGCAGGGCCGACACUCGAUAUCGAGUGCUGCCACUUCAAAUCGACGUCGAAGGAGCAACUGCAGGUUCACUGGAAGGACAGAAAUGGGUGGAGGGUAAUGGAAACAACAGCAUAUGCACUGAAAGACAUCAAGGCCGUCGACGUCCAGCCUUACGUGCGCGAACAUAUCACCCUCUUCUGCAAAACGAUGGACGACAUCCCAUCUCAGCUGCACUAUAUCUUCAAGCUGGCUAUGAAGUAUCACAAGAAUGCUCUCGUAGAUGGUGCCCUCAGAAUCUGGUCCGCAAGCCGCCUUCUCAUCCAAGGGUGGGAGAUGAGUGGCCCUGAGAUGCUCGGCAUGACCGUCAUGAAGAAUCCGCGCUCUCCGCUUUUGGGAUCUGUAACCGCUCCACGAAUACUUCAAAACCAGCUCGACUCGCUGUUGGAGCUUUACAUCACACAAUGCGAGCGUGCACUCUUAGAAGGUCUUGAGCAAUCCAUGAAGAAGCGCCAGCGCAGUGACUGGAUACCGAUCUUUCUGGCGAUUACCAUUCUACUGCACGCACUUGAGCGGGACACGUGGAGACUGCUAUACUGGUUGAAGCAUGAGCCUGCGGCAAAUAAGUGGCGGCACCCUUUGGCGCCUUUGCUUCUGGUGGAGAGAGCCACAGUGUUCGCCAAUGUGCUGGUGGCGCAUUUCGGCAUUGCGGGUCAAGGCAGCUUGCCGCUACAACUCGACUGGACUCAGCCCCACAUUAUCGCGAAUGUUGGUGGCGACCCCGAUAUUGUGGACGCCAUGAAGCAACUGCAGCUGUGUUCGCGCAGCCUUCGUAAGUCGUACACCUUGGGGCGGAGAAGGUGCCUUGUACUGACUGUCUUCCAUCGUUGUAGAGCUCACUCCAUUCGUGCGAGGACGCGACAGCUACGACGAACAGAAAGUCAGCAGCAUCGAUCUGUCACUGAGUGCCAGAUGCUUGGACUAUCGCGCCGAAGAGAUUACCGAGCUGGAGCACUUCGUGAACUUCUAGAGUUUGCAAGGUAGCCGUUAAUGUAUAAUCACGAUGGAGAGAUAACAAUGUGAGGGUGGUUGUAUUGCGGAGCGCGUCAAUCUGCACGAUACCCAUCUGUUUCGAAUAAGAGUGUUCGUUGCUUUCGCCGUGAUACGCUCUUUCUCAUUACCUCCAAAGAUAGUCUGCCCUUGGACAACACUUGAAGACCGAUGAGCCUGAGUGAAGCUGAAGUGGUCUGAAUCCUUCCGCUCGGCUCGGCACCGAGCGGCGUAACAUUCUCUCCGCGACAAGAGUU